AUGGAGAAGGAAGGGAAGAAAAAAGGCCCAGCCCAGUCCAGUCCAGUCCAGCCCAAACCUCAACCGACACUCCCCCGUGUCCCUCUCUACCUUAUUAGGCGCUUAGCCAGCCGCUCCGCCGUCGCCGACGACUCGCCGGCUGCCCGCGGCCCGCCUGCCCCGCCCCCCCGCACUCGCCGAAUGGAAGGGCCGAGGCGGAAGAAACCACCACGCCGGCUAGGCAGCCGGCAGCCGGAGCCUGGAGCCUGUUCUAGCAUCUAUCUUCUUGCCGCAGCCCCUGCUGAGCUAGAUGGAGAGCUUAUACUGCCCAAUGGGGAUAUUUAUCGUGGCGCGUUAUCGGGCAACACGCCACAUGGCUCAGGUUGUUAUAUCUGGUCCGAUGGUUGUGUUUAUGAGGGUGACUGGAGGAGAGGCCUCAGGCAUGGGCAAGGCAAGACGCUGUGGCCGACAGGGGCCACCUACACAGGUGACUACUCCGGUGGCUACAUUUAUGGUCAAGGAACGUAUACUGGGCUAAACAACUCCACUUACAAGGGAGGCUGGAAGCUGAAUCUUAAUCAUGGCCUUGGUUUACAGACAUAUCCCAACGGAGACAUUUUUGAAGGUUCUUGGGGGCAUGGAGGAGAAAUACAAGGGCAUGGCACCUAUACCUGGGCAGAUGGCAACACUUAUGUUGGCACCAUGAAAAAUGGGGUCAUGGCAGGCAAAGGAAUCCUCACAUGGAACAAUGGGGAUUCAUUUGAAGGGAACUGGUUAGAUGGUGUCAUGCAUGGGUAUGGAGUCUACACAUGGAAGGACUCUGGCUACUAUGUAGGAACCUGGACAAGGGGGUUGAAGGAUGGAAAAGGCACAUUCUAUCCAAAAUGUCGUGGAAUUCCAGUUACCGAUGAGCUAUACAUCGACGGUUUAAGAAACAGAGGUGUACUGCCUGGUGCUGAAAGUCAGAUUCAUGGUUCUCGUAUCCUUCACUCCGCCUCAUUUGACAUGGCAGGCAUGAUGGCUAGCAAAAAUCAGGACUCUGUAGGUAUUCCAUCUGUUAGAAGCUUGAGUUUUGGGAAAACUCGCUCGAGAAAUGUAUCACUGGAAAGAAGGUGGAGCCUUGGAGCGGCCAUUGAAAAAUUCAUUGGUCGUGAAACAAAUGAAAGUUCUGCAAUUGAAAGCUGUGAAAAUAAGGCUGAUUCCAACCUUCCUAUACUGGAACGGGAAUAUAUGCAAGGUGUUCUCAUCAAUGAGGUUGUGGUGGAUAGAAGCUUCUCAGAUCCAUUAAAAAAGCUUGGAAUCAGGUAUACAGUUGGAAAGAUUACACCUAUUCAGAGACGUGAAGUGCGAGCUUCUGAUUAUGGUCCCAGAGCAAGUUUCUGGAUGAACUUCCCCAAAAAUGGGUCACGGCUUACUCCUUCACAUCAUGCUGAUAAUUUUAAAUGGAAAGACUACUGCCCAAUGGUGUUCAGAAAUUUGAGGGAGAUGUUCAAGAUUGAUGCAGCGGAUUAUAUGAUUUCCAUUUGUGGAAGUGACGCACUUAGGGAACUAUCUUCUCCUGGAAAGAGUGGAAGUGUCUUCUUCCUAUCUCAGGAUGAUCGAUUUAUGAUCAAGACUCUACGGAAGUCUGAAGUGCAGGUUCUUCUACAAAUGCUUCCAGAGUAUUAUUACCAUGUCCGUACCUAUGAGAACACACUCAUAACUAAGUUUUUUGGCCUCCACAGGGUUAAACCGUCCAGCGGUCAAAAGUUCCGAUUUGUAGUGAUGGGAAACAUGUUUUGCACUGAACUUAGAAUUCACCGGAGGUUUGACUUGAAAGGUUCAUCCUUAGGCCGCUCAACAGACAAAGUAAAAAUCGAUGAGAACACAACACUGAAAGACUUGGAUCUAAACUAUUCAUUUUAUCUCGAGCCUUCUUGGCGGGAGACUUUGCUUGCGCAAAUUGAGACCGAUAGCAAAUUUCUAAAGUAUCACGCAAUAAUGGAUUAUAGCUUGCUUCUUGGUGUUCAUUUUCGGGCUCCUCAAAGCCUACGGACACAGGCAUCCUUUCAUCAAACAAUCUUACCAGAUAGGCUGGCUGUUCUUUCGGAAGAAGGUGCUCUGGAGGAGGAUGCUUUGAACAGUCCUGAAGGACUGGUUUUGGUUCAGCGAGCCAAUGAUCAAAAUGAUGUCGUCAUUGGUUCUCAUAUAAGGGGAGCCCGUCUUCGAUCAUCAAGUGCAAAUUUUGAGGAAGUAGAUCUCGUGCUUCCAGGCACCGCAAGGCUCCAGAUCCAACUUGGGGUUAACAUGCCGGCAAGGGCAGAACAGAUGGUUCAGGAUAAUGACACUGAGGCCAAUGGUCAGGUGUAUGAUGUGGUGCUCUACCUGGGAAUAAUUGAUAUCUUGCAGGAGUACAACAUAAGGAAGAAGAUUGAGCAUGCUUACAAGUCCAUCCAAUAUAACUCAUUGUCAAUAUCUGUCGUGGAACCCAAUUUCUACUCGGAGCGCUUCCUGAAAUUCAUUCAGACGAUCUUUCCUGAAAAUUCAUAA